AUGAUGUUUUCAACAGGCUUAAAUUCUCAUCCUUACUCAAUGGCUAUUCAUGAUUUCAAUAAAGACGGUCAAGUGGAUAUAGCAGUGGCUAAUUAUGGUACUAAAAACCUUGUUACAUUUCUGGGCAGUGGGAAUGGAACAUUUGAAAAUCGAGGGAGUUAUGGUAUAAAUUUCGAUUUUGCUCCAUUGGUAGUUGGUGCUGGUAGUGCCAACAAAGAUGGACGUUCCGAAAUU